UCGCAUAUGUAACAAAUUAGUACUGGUCUGGCCCACGCGCAGACCGGUCUUCUAACACAAUAAACAAAUUCGUUUUGUUAUUAUUUUGUUUUUUUAAUUGAAGUGUGAAUUGCAAUCAGUAAGAUGCUGAUCUGGAUAAUACUGGGCUGCCUCUUUGGCGCAUUAUAUAUGUACUUGCGGCAAGUGUAUAGCUUUUUUGAAAAGCGAGGUGUGAAGACACCCAACAUCAUUUCGUCUUUCGGCGCGAUACUGGAUAUUUUGUUACAGCGGAAGCAUACUACUGAUUCAUUAUAUACGAAUUACAACCGGUUUUCUGAUCAGAGGUUCUACGGCUUGUUCACGAUCACCAUACCGACUGUGGAGAUCAGAGAUAUCGAACUGAUCAAGAGGAUUGCUAUCAAAGACUUCGAGUACUUCCAUGACCACAACACUGUCAUCAGUGAAGAAACAGAUCCACUCUUUGGGAAGAAUCUCCUCUCGUUAAAAGGUCAGAAAUGGAAGGACAUGCGAUCGACUCUCAGCCCUGCUUUCACCAGCUCCAAAAUGAAAUUGAUGCUGCCAUUAAUGGUAGAGGUUGGAGAUCGGAUAAUCUUCUCGCUUAAGAAGAAAAUCGAAGAGUCACAGGGUUACUUGGAUAUCGAUAUGAAAGAUCUAACGACCAGAUACGCGAAUGACGUGAUUGCAUCUUGUGCCUUUGGCCUGAAAGUGGAGUCUGACAAGGACGAAAAUAACAAGUUUUACACAAUAGGAAAAUCUAUUGCGUCCUUUAAAGUCAGUCAGAUAUUUAUAUUUUUGACGUUGUUACUAUUUCCGAAGGCUGGUAAAAUAUUCGACUUGAGUCUAUUCCCGAAGAAAGUGCAAGACUUCUACAGGACACUGGUGAAGGAGACGAUGCAGACCAGGGAGCUCCAGAAAAUUGUCAGGCCUGACAUGAUACAUCUACUAUUAGAAGCUAAGAAAGGAAAACUGACGCAUGAUCAGAAAUCAAGCCAAGAUAAGGACGCAGGCUUCGCCACAGCCGAAGAAUCAUCCAUAGGCCAGAAUCAAAUCAACAAGGUAUGGACCGACGACGAUCUGUGUGCCCAAGUUAUAUUGUUCUUCAUGGCUGGUUUCGAGUCCGUAUCCACUGCCAUGUCCUUCUUGAUGUACGAACUGGCAGUCAACCCAGACGUCCAAGAGAAACUGUACCAGGAAAUCAAAGAGAACGAGGCCAAGAACAACGGGAAAUUUGACUAUAAUUCUAUACAGAAUAUGGUUUAUAUGGACAUGGUGGUAUCAGAAACAUUGAGGUUAUGGACAGCGGGUUUUGCGCUGGACAGAUGCUGUACCAAAGAUUACAAUUUGGGCAAACCUAAUGACGAAGCUACUGAGGACUUCAUUAUCCAUAAAGGCCAAUCCGUCCAGAUCCCCGUGUGGGCAAUCCACCGCGACCCUAAAUACUUUCCGAACCCAAACAAAUUCGAUCCUGAGAGGUUCUCUGAAAAGAACAAACACAACAUCAAGCCUUUCACCUAUAUGCCGUUUGGACUUGGACCUAGAAAUUGUAUCGGUUCAAGAUUCGCUCUCUGUGAGAUAAAAGUGAUGGCAUAUCAGAUCCUAAAUUCCAUCGAAGUUUCGCCAUCAAACAAAACGGUUAUACCGGCCAAGGUGGACCCCACCUCGUUCAACCUUCGCGCUAAGGGUGGUCAUUGGACGCGAGUUAAGAUUCGUAAAGAGGUGUAAAUUAAAAAUGACAGAAAGACGUUAACAACAAUAAAGUAUUAUAAUAUUUAAG